AUGGGUCUAAUUUUUCCAUAUGGUGGCCAAAAACCAAGCGGCACAACAAAACCUAAACCAGGCGGCCCUAAGCCAGGCGGCACAACAAAACCUAAACCAGGUAGCCCAAAUCCAGACGGCACAACAAAGCCUAAACUAGGUGAACCAAAUCCAGGCAGCACAACAAAACCUAAAGCGGGUAGCCCAAAUCCAGGCGGCACAACAAAACCUAAACCAGGCGACAUAACAAAGCCUAAACAGUUGGCCCAAAUCCAGGCCGCACAACAAAGCCUAAAGCGGCUGGCUAAAAAUCCAGGCGGCACAACAAAGGCUAAAGCGGCUGGCCCAAAUCCAGGCUGCACAACAAAGCCUAAAGCAGUUGGUCCAAAUCCAGGCGGCACAACAAAACCUAAAGCAGUUGGUCCCAAUCCAGGCCGCACAACAAAACCUAAAGUAGGUGGCCCAAAUCCGGGCGGCACAACAAAGCCUAAAAUUAUAAAAAUUCACCACCGCCACCUAAAUCCAGGCAGCACAACAAAACCUAAACCAGGUGGCCCUAAGCCAGGCGGCACAACAAAACCUAAACCAGGUGGCCCAAAGCCAGGCGGCACAACAAAGCCUAAGGCGGGUAGCCCAAAUCAAGGCGGCACAACAAAGCCUAAACCAGGUGGCCCAAAACCAGGCGGCACAACAAAGCCUAAACCAGGUGGCCCUAAACCAGGCGGCACAACAAAACCUAAACCAGGCGGCCCUAAGCCAGGUGGCACAACAAAACCUAAACCAGGUGGCCCAAUCCAGGCGGCACAACAAAGCCUAAACCAGUGGCCCAAUCCAGGCGGCACAACAAAGCCUAAACCAGUUGGCCCAAAUCCAGAUGGCACAACAAAGCCUAAAACGGGUAGCCCAAAUCCAGGCGGCACAACAAAGCCUAAACCAGGUGAACCAAAUCCAGGCAGCACAACAAAACCUAAAGCGGGUAGCCCAAAUCCAGGCGGCACAAUAAAACCUAAACCAGGUGGCUCAAAAACAGGCGGCACAACAAAGCCUAAAGUAGGUGGCCAAAAUCCAGGCGGCACAACAAAGCCUAAACAGUUGGCCCAAAUCCAGGCGGCACAACAAAACCUUAAGCGGUGGCUCAAAUUCAGGCGACACAACAAAGCCUAA